ACUGGGUUAGCGGUGGCCAGUGGAACCACAUGCUCGGCUACCUGGCGGCCCUCGCCAAGGCCUGCUUCGGCGGCAACAUCGAGCUUUUCGUCUUCUUUAACGGCGCGCUCGAAAAGGCCCGGCUGCACGAGUGGGUCAAGCGGCAGGGAAACGAGCGCCAGACGGCGCAGCAGAUCGUCAGCCAUGUCCAGAACAAGGGCACGCCGCCGCCCAAGGUCUGGUUCCUGCCCCCGGUCUGCAUGGCCCACUGCAUCCGCCUGGCGCUCAUCCGCUUCCACGUCAAGGUUGCACAGAGCAUUGAGGAUCACCAUCAAGAAGUGAUUGGUUUCUGCAGAGAGAAUGGUUUCCAUGGCUUGGUGGCAUAUGACUCUGAUUAUGCACUGUGCAACAUCCCCUACUACUUCAGUGCCCAUGCCCUAAAACUGAGCCGCAACGGGAAAAGUCUUACGACAAGCCAAUAUCUGAUGCAUGAAGUUGCCAAGCAGCUGGACCUGAACCCAAAUCGUUUUCCCAUUUUUGCUGCUUUGUUAGGAAAUCACAUACUACCUGAUGAAGAUCUGGCUUCCUUUCAUUGGAGUUUACUUGGUCCAGAACAUCCACUAGCCUCACUGAAGGUUCGAGCCCACCAGCUGGUCUUGCCACCCUGCGAUGUAGUGAUCAAAGCUGUUGCUGACUACGUCCGUAACAUUCAGGACACUUCUGACCUGGAUGCCAUAGCUAAAGAUGUUUUCCAGCAUUCACAGUCUAGAACAGAUGACAAAGUUAUUCGAUUUAAGAGAGCAAUUGGAUAUUACUCAGCGACUAGUAAGCCUAUGUCAUUUCAUCCACCACAUUACUUAGCCAGACCAAAUCCAUUUGGAAUGCCUGGGAUGGUGCCACCAUAUGUUCCCCCUCAGAUGCUCAACAUUCCACAGACUUCGCUGCCAGCAAAGCCCGUGGCCCCACAGGUGCCCAGCCCAGGGGGCGCUCCAGGCCAUGGUCCAUACCCGUACAGCCUGGCUGAACCAGCUCUUACCCUGGAGACAGGCGGGAAGAACCUGGCGGAACAGAACAGCUACAGCAACAUUCCUCACGAGGGGAAACACACACCACUGUACGAGCGGUCCUCACCCAUCAACCCAGCCCAGGGCGGUAGCCCCAAUCAUGUGGAUUCCACCUACUUCCCUGGCUCUUCUACGUCAUCAUCAUCAGACAAUGAUGAGGGCAGUGGAGGGGCGACCAACCACAUCAGCGGGAACAAGAUUGGCUGGGAGAAGACCGGAAGCCAUGUGGAGCCACAGUCACGGGGAGACCUAGGAGACCAAGCAAAGGCAGAAGGCUCAUCCUCUGCUUCUUCAGGAAGCCAGCUAGCUGAAGGCAAAGGGAGCCAGAUGGGCACUGUCCAGCCAAUCCCAUGCCUGCUGUCGAUGCCCACGAGGAACCACAUGGACAUCACCACACCUCCCCUGCCCCCUGUUGCGCCUGAGGUGUUGAGAGUGGCGGAGCACAGGCACAAGAAGGGGCUGAUGUACCCCUACAUCUUCCAUGUCCUGACGAAGGGUGAAAUCAAAAUUGCUGUUUCUAUUGAAGAUGAAGCCAACAAAGACCUGCCUCCGGCUGCCCUGCUCUAUAGGCCAGUUCGUCAGUAUGUUUACGGAGUCCUGUUUAGUUUGGCAGAAAGCAGAAAGAAAACUGAGAGACUUGCUUUUAGAAAGAACAGACUUCCACCAGAAUUCUCACCAGUGAUAAUUAAGGAAUGGGCAGCUUACAAGGGGAAGUCUCCUCAGACCCCGGAACUGGUGGAAGCCCUGGCCUUCCGGGAGUGGACCUGCCCCAACCUGAAGAGGCUUUGGCUGGGCAAGGCGGUAGAAGACAAGAACCGUAGGAUGAGGGCCUUCCUGGCCUGCAUGAGGUCCGACACCCCAGCCAUGCUCAACCCUGCCAACGUGCCCACUCACCUCAUGGUGCUCUGCUGUGUCCUACGGUAUAUGGUGCAGUGGCCAGGAGCUCGCAUUCUGCGGCGUCAGGAGUUAGAUGCCUUCCUGGCUCAGGCGCUAUCUCCCAAACUCUAUGAGCCCGAUCAGCUACAGGAGCUCAAGAUCGAGAACCUUGACCCCCGAGGAAUUCAACUCUCAGCUCUCUUCAUGAGCGGAGUAGACAUGGCAUUGUUUGCCAAUGAUGCGUGUGGACAGCCCAUCCCCUGGGAACACUGUUGUCCUUGGAUGUAUUUUGAUGGGAAGCUCUUCCAGUCCAAACUCCUCAAAGCUAGUCGGGAAAAGACCCCACUCAUCGACCUCUGUGAUGGUCAGGCUGAGCAGGCUGCCAAGGUAGAGAAGAUGCGGCAGAGUGUCCUGGAGGGGCUCAACUUCUCCAGGCAGAAUCACCCGCUCCCCUUCCCGCCGCCUCCUGCUCUGCCUUUCUACCCCGCCUCUGUGUACCCUCGGCACUUCGGGCCCGUCCCACCCUCUCAGGGUAGGGGCAGAGGCUUUGCAGGAGUCUGUGGCUUUGGAGGCCCCUAUGGGGAAACGGUAGCAACAGGCCCUUACCGUGCCUUCCGGGUGGCAGCAGCAUCGGGACACUGCGGAGCCUUCUCGGGCAGUGACAGCAGCAGGACUAGCAAGUCCCAGGGCGGAGUCCAACCUAUACCUUCUCAGGGAGGGAAACUAGAAAUUGCUGGCACUGUGGUUGGCCACUGGGCCGGAAGCAGGCGGGGCCGUGGGGGCCGAGGGCCCUUCCCGCUGCAAGUGGUCUCUGUGGGAGGGCCAGCUAGAGGGCGUCCAAGAGGAGUUAUUUCCACCCCUGUGAUUCGAACAUUUGGGAGAGGUGGAAGGUACUAUGGCAGAGGAUACAAGAGCCAGGGAGUGAUCCAGGGCAGACCUCCUUACGCUGCUUCGGCAGAGGAAGUAGCCAAAGAGCUGAAGUCGAAAUCUGGGGAAUCAAAGUCCUCUGCAGUGUCUUCAGACGGGUCCCUGGCGGAAAACGGAGUGAUGGCCGAGGAGAAGCCGGCACCCCAGAUGAAUGGGAGUGCAGGUGACAUGAGGGCCCCCAGCCGCUCCGAAAGUGCCUUGAACAAUGACUCUAAAACGUGCAAUACAAAUCCUCAUUUAAAUGCACUAAGUACAGACAGCGCCUGCCGCAGGGAGGCUGCUCUGGAGGCAGCUGUCUUAAAUAAAGAAGAGUAAACUUAUUUUUUAUAGAGGGUGAAGGAUGCUGGAAGGGUAAGGAUUUAGGAAUAUCUGGAGAGAAAGAGAGCCUGCAGUUACGUACAUUUUGUCCUUUCCGUAAGAGAAAAAUGAGGACUUUGGAAAUUCAGAUCCCUCUUUGAUAUCAGUGAAACAACACAUUUUUAGUUUUAACCAGUUGUAGUCAAAAUGCUACAAUAAAACAAAAGAGAAAGAAAAUGAAGAGCAUUUGACUCCCGCACUUAAAAAUGAAGUACACAUAAAGUUUAAACUGGUUAUGACAAAAGCCUAUAGUUGUGUUUCUUGAAAUAUAAAGAAAACAAAUUUUGGCAGUCUUUAAGUAUAUAUAGCUUAAAAUAUAAUUUCUAGCAUUUGGCACCAUAUGUAUGCCAUUGUAUUUGAUUUUGCAUUACUGUUUCACAAUGAAGCUUUGUUUAAGGCUUUGAUUUUUAUGAUUAUGAAAGAAAUAAGGCACAACCACAGUUUUUCUUUCUUACUUAAAUUUCAUCACUGUUGAUGUGGUUCUUUUGUGUUAAAAAAAAAGUGCAACUAUCGAAACUAAAAAAUUAUAGAGUAAUAUUGCCGUUCUGCUGAUUUUAAAUAUACAGUACAUCAUACA